AUGACAUCCAUCACUGAUGCACACCCUCCUACUCUACAUGGUUCAUCAUGUCUGCAAUAUGUGAAUGAACAACUCGUACCAGGGUUCUCUUGGAUUAUCGAUCGAGAGUUGGCAGGCAUGAAAUUUCCAAAUGAAUCGCAGUUUUAUGAAAAUUUAUUAUCGGAACCUUUUCAAGUUGGUUUAGUGAUCUGUGUGAAUGAGAAAUUACCUGCAUUUGUUUAUGGUGAUGAACAUAAUGGCAACAAGAAAAUGCACACCAUUUCAAGUGUCAACGAUUUGAAGUUUGAUAAUCGAGUUCUAAACGUUGCUCAUUUCCCAAUCGAUGAUUAUGGCACUCCAAAUAAUUUUGGAAUGGUUGAGAAAAUCGUCGAACUUUUUAAAUAUGUGAAAAAUACUGGAAAUGUACAAAAUAAGGGAAUUGUGGUGCAUUGUAUGGCAGGGUUGUCUCGAACUGGAAUGGUUCUUGCUUGUAUACUCGUAUCAGUGUGGAAAAUGUCAGUUCAAGAUGCCAUUCAACUUGUCAAUCAAAAACGUGGAAAGAAUGGACGAGCGGUAAUGACCUUCAAACGAGAGAAAUUCGUUCAAGAUUUCUACAAUUACAUUUUCAAUGCGUCAAUCAAUUAA